GCCACUUCAGAAGCACGCAUGUACUUGAUUUGCUGAGUCUAAUCUGCAGUGCUGGCAGAGGCCUCCUCAGGAACCUCUUCAGUUCAACUAGGGAACUGCACUAUUGUGGGAGAUCAGUAUACUGCUUCUCCUGGGUCUACUCAGUGUGGGCAAGGAAACUGAAGUCCAGCAAACUGACUUUUCUGCAUAAGAGAUACAUAGGGUAGGACCUCUUUGAGCAGAUUGGUCCUGAUUUCCCAGAUGGAGGAUUGUGUUGAUUAGAAUACAGAUUGAAGUACUGAGAGAAGCAUGUUUUGCCCACUGAAACUCAUUCUGAUGCCAGUGUUACUGGAUUGUUCUUUGGGCCUGAAUGACUUGAUUGUCUCCUCUCGUGAGUUAACAGUUCAUGCGGGUGAUUCAGCCUUGAUGGGAUGUGUUUUCCAGAGUACAGAAGAGAAACAUGUGAUCAAAGUUGACUGGAUGGUCUCAUCAGGAGAACACAUCAAGGAUGACUAUGUGCUGUACUAUUAUUCUGGUGUCAGCGUGCCUGUGGGGCGCUUCUUGGAUCGUGUGAGCUUGGUGGGGAACAUUUCACGGAGGGAUGGUUCCCUCCUGCUCCAAAAUGUGAAAGAGACUGACCAGGGAAACUACACCUGUGAGAUCCGCCUGGAAAUGGAAAGCAUGGUGUUGAAAAAAAUAGUGGUGCUACAUGUCCUACCAGAGGAGCCCAAAGAACUUGUGGUCCAUGUUGGUGAUUCAACUCAGAUGAGAUGUGUUUUCCACAGCACAGAAGAGAGACACAUUACCAAGGUAGACUGGAUGUUCUUGUCAGAAGAGCAUCCAAAGGAGGAAGUUGUAUUGCGCUAUUACUUCAAACACACCAGAACUGGGUACCCCCAGAACUGGGGCCAUUUCCAGAAACGUGUAAACUUGGUGGGGGACACAUCCCGCAAUGAUGGCUCCAUCAUGCUCCGAGGGGUGAAGGAGUCAGACAGAGGAAGCUAUAGCUGCACUAUCCACAUGGGAGACCUGACAUUUAGGAAAACCUUUGUGCUGGAUGUGAUCAAGAGCAACCCCCCACCAACCUCUGCUCCCAUAUCUGGAAUCCUAGCUGGAAAUCAUCUGGUGACCAUUGUAGGGAUUGUCUGUGCUACCAUCGUCCUUCUUCCUGUUCUGAUAUUGAUUGUGAAGAGGACCCAUGGGAAUAAAAGCUCAUCAACAUCAACAAAAAGCUUAGAGAACACACAGAAGGCUCAGCCAGAGAAACACAUUUACUCUCCCAUAACUACACGGCAGGUGAUUGAGGAAGAAGAAUCAAGUGGAAAGUCAGAGGCCACAUACAUGACCAUGCAUCCAGUCAGGCCUUCCCUGAGGUCAACACCAAAUAACCCACCUGAAAAGUGGUCAGCUGGGAUAAUGAUCAAAGCAGAGUCAGCAUACUGAGAGGGAAGAAGAGCUGCCUCCUCCCCAAUGCCAGAGACUAUCUCACCCUUGAAUCCUGCACCACUGGACUGCUUAGUUCAGCUCCUCCUAUUUGUCUUCCAGCGUCAUUUCUUGGUCACAGGUCUAAAGAUGGAGGGUUCAGAGUCUGGGAGCAAGACAGGACAGCUCCAGAGGAGCAGAGCCUGGUUGGGGUGUGGUAUGUGUGCAGAGCAUGGGCUUAGUCCUUCUAGAUGAGGGACAUUGGCCUUGGGGGACCUGUCUGGACUUCUACAGCACCUCUAACUCUCCAUUGGGUCAGUCCCUCUGCUUAGGUGGUGUUUCAGGGAAGAAUCCCUGAAGUCAAAAUCAGCCCAAAUGAUUCUGUUGGCAAAUCAUCACUAAAUAAAUGUGGUUUGUGGAAA